AUGUUUAUGCUUUCUCACUUUGUCAAAAAAAGCUUUAUUGGUUGCCUUUUCCAUGACAGAAUCCUGAACCAUUUAGGUUUAGACUUGAUAACAUACAAUGAGAAAUAUGACUCUUAUGAUCAAUUGAUCCAAGAAGAAUGGGAUAAUGAAGAUAAUCUUGAUAAUCCACAUAAUUGGCUCGUGUACCUUAAGGCAAUAUUCAGCCUUGAAAUCGGAUUCUUGAGUCUUUCUGUUUACAUUGGACUGGCAAUUUACACUCCAGGCAUUGAUCAAAUCAUGAAGGAUUUUGCAAUCAGUGAAGAAGUCGCCUUGUUACCUAUGGUUUUAUUCGUCAUAGCUUAUGGGAUUGGUCCUUUGUUUUUAUCCCCUAUCACAGAACACUACAAAAUCGGGCGGAAUCCUGUUUAUAUUAUUACCCUCUUCCUUUUCGCAAUUCUUCAACUUCCAACCGCAAUUGCCAAAAAUAUUGCAUCGCUUUGCAUUCUAAGAUUUCUUAGUGGUAUUUUUGCUUCUCCGGUGUUGGCAACUGGUGCUGCGUCUGUGUGCGAUAUUAUUGCUGUUCCUUAUAUGCCAGUUGUAAUUGGUAUAUGGGCAAUCUGUUCCUUGUGUGGGCCGUCAUUGGGACCGUUAAUAGGUGCAGUCUUGAGCACUAAAAGAGACUGGAGAUUUUGUUUCUGGUUCUUAUUGAUACUUUCAGGUGCAUCUUUUGUUAUUUUGUCUCUUUUCUUACCCGAAACUUACCCUCCAAAACUAAAAUAUGAAAGGGCAAAGUUAUUGAGAAAGUUGACGGGAAAUGAUGAUAUUCGAACAAGCGACGAAAUGAAAAAUCAAAUUGACAAGGGAUUUCUUCGAGAGUAUCUUUGGAGACCUAUUGAACUCACGCUCGUGGAGCCAGUGGUUUUUUUGAUCAAUGUGUACUCAGCACUAAUCUACUCAGUUCUUUAUUUGUGGUUUGAAGCUUUCCCUAUAGUCUAUAAAGAAGUCUUUGGUUUCUCCACAAUAAUUGAAGGGCUAUGCUUCCUAAGUAUUUUGGCUGGGGUGAUCAUUGGGUCUUUCGUUUAUGUCACUUUCAUCUACCUUGCGUUCACAAAGAAGCUUUUGCGUAACCAACAGAUAUACCCAGAAGUAUUUUUGCCAAUGGCUAUAGUGGGUGCAAUAUGUUUACCAAUGGGUAUUUUCAUCUUCUCAUGGUGCGCAACUCCUCAUGCUCAUUGGUUCGGGACGUUGGUUGGAGCCUGUCUAGCGGGCAUGGCAAACUUUGUGAUCUUUCAAACCUUACUCAAUUAUUUAGGGAUGUCAUUUCCUCGUUAUUCGGCUUCAGCUUUUGCGAGUAAUUGCUUGUGGAGGUCGGUUGUUGCAGGUGUGGCACCUCUAUUUGCAAAGCCUUUAUAUAGAAACCUUGCGUUGAGAGAUUACCCAGUAGGUUGGGGCUCUAGUGUCUUGGGAUUUAUUGCGACUGCGAUGAUCUUGAUACCAGUUGUGUUUUAUUGGAAAGGACCUCAAUUAAGAGCUCUGUCGAAAUUCGCCUCUUAA